AUGGAUCCAUCGAUGUCGUGUGUAAUUUCUCGAUGUUUCACUGCCAAGAGGUUCGAAUCUAAUCCGAUACCUUUGCCAGAGAAUAGAGUAAGAGAUGCUGCUGCUUUUGAGGUGACUGGUGUUGAUUUGGCAGGGCCUCUAUUUUUGACAGAAGGUGAGAAGAGUUGGGUGGUAUUGUUCACUUGUGCAGUUUAUCGUGCAAUACAUCUAGAGUUGGUGAAGUCAUUGUCUACUGACGCCUUUCUGAAAGCCCUGAGGCGAUUUAUAGCACGAAGAGGAAGGCCACUUACCAUUUAUUGUGAUAAUGGUACGAAUUUUGUAGGGGCCUGUAAUGCUCUGCGUGACCUCGACUGGGACAAAGUUGUGGAGCAAGGUGUUUUGAGUCGAAUAGAAUGGAUGUUCAGCCCACCUCUUGCAGCUUGGUGGGGAGGAUGGUGGGAGAGACUCGUUCGUAUAGUGAAAGAGUUGUUGAGAAGAACUCUAGGGAAGGCCUGCUUGUCAUAUGAAGAGCUCUCCACUACACUCUGUGAUUGUGAAGCCGUUAUCAAUGCUCGGCCUCUAACUUAUUUGGCUGAGGACACCCAGCAGUUGGUUCCGUUGUCUCCUGAUGUAUUUUUGAGAGAUUUGAGGGAGUGUGGAGUGCCAGAUUUGGAUAGAGUGGACAGCACGUCGUUGAAUAAACGACUCAAGUACAGACAACGCUUGCGACGAGAGUUGAGACAAAGUUUUCGAACGAAGUAUUUGGGACAACUGACACGAGUAAGAGGCCCAAAGGCGUCUUCAUUAUCUGUAGCUGAAGGAGAUCUAGUCUUUGUUGGAAAUGACAACAAGAAGAGGUUGACCUGGCCCCUGGGACGUGUCGAUCAGUUGUUUCCGGGGAAAGAUGGUGAGAUACGAGUCGUAAAAGUUAAGACAGGGGAUGGCUGCUUGAUUCGGCCGAUUCAGAGACUUUACCCUCUGGAGAUGUCAUCUGUGGAAACAGUCCAUAUGAUUACAGACCAAAUGCCUCCUCCACCGGAAAGAAUUAAGAUGAAGACGGAUGAGUCCAGUGGUUCGUCUGCCGUCGAAAAGGAGCAUGAAGAUCCCGAUCAUCUGAUUGAGCAUCAAAUAGGAGAGAACAUUGAGAUCAAGACUACACGCGGUCGCGCCAUUCAAAAACCCAAAAGACUAUUAGAUUGA